GGCGCUUGCUGCAGUUUGUGGAUUCGGUGAAGCCGGCUUAAAAGAUCUUAAUACUCCCUUUGCAGCACGAAAUACCUUAUGCCACGAUGUUAGUGCAAUAGCUGAAGAUUCACAGAGUUUCUUCGUACCACCAAACUACGAUCCUGCAGAAACCAUCAAGUCACUGCAACAAGAAAAAAGCGACAUCAAGAUCCAUUUCAACAGAGGAACGACGACACUAGCAUUCAAAUUUAAACAUGGCGUCAUAGUUGCUGUUGAUUCCAGGGCUACUGCUGGCCCUUAUAUAGCCUCGCAGACUGUCAAGAAGGUGAUAGAGAUCAACCCUUAUCUGCUGGGUACCAUGGCCGGUGGUGCAGCUGAUUGCUCUUACUGGGAGCGAGUUCUAGCGAAACAGUGCAAGAUCUACGAACUAAGAAAUAAGGAGAGAAUAUCUGUAGCGGCUGCUUCAAAGCUUUUAGCAAAUAUAGUGUAUAACUAUAAAGGAAUGGGCUUAUCUAUGGGAACAAUGAUAGUUGGCUACGACAAGCGUGGACCUGGUCUUUAUUACGUCGACAGUGAUGGAACGCGGUUAAGUGGUCAAAUGUUCUCUGUCGGGUCUGGAUCCACAUAUGCCUAUGGUGUGAUGGACACUGGGUAUAAGUACGACCUCACCCCAGAGGAGGCCUAUGACCUCGGUGUGCGGGCCAUUUAUCAUGCUACACAUAGAGAUGGCUACAGUGGUGGUGUUGUUAACUUAUAUCACAUGAAGGAGACAGGCUGGGUGAAAGUGUCACAGAGUGAUGUUGGCGAACUCUACUACAAAUACAAAGCAGAAAAGAAAUAGACAGUGGUUAUCUUCAAUAAUAAUUUUCACAAGUGUUGCAUGAUAGUGUUGGACAUGGCUUGCAACUUUCAUCCACCAACCUCAGUUGAUGUGAUUCAUGGCUAUGAUCUUACUCGACCAUGUCCAAAGGUGUUUUCAAAUGUUUUCUAGUAUUCUGGAGUAGGGAUGUACUCUCUAAAUACAUUGGGCUUCGAGGCUGAAAAGUUGGAUUUCUUUUGAAUGACUUGAAAGAUAUGUUAGCCCCAUUAUGAUAAAGAUCUUAAUGACACAAACUGUGUAACCUUCAUGCCUCUGUGGCUUUGUGGAAAUAAUGUGCUUUUCUUUGAUAAUAAAUAUCACCAGUU